UAGCGAUGAGGGAUGCACUACUGAUUUUGGUAGGAUUACUUGCUGUGACUCAAAGUAAUGUCAUCUUCGAACGAGCAAUAGAUGCUGACACUGCAGUUGUGUUUGAGGCUGAGGAUGGUCCUCUCAGAAACGGUAGUCCACCACUUGGUCCAGCUGGUGUUUUAGAGUACGGAGUUCAGGCGAGGAGGGGGUCUGCAACUCAAACCCACAGCUGUAACUACGUUAGAGGUGUUCCCUCUAAUCUUAGGUAUGCAAGUGAAAUGUACCCGCACGGUCUGACUCAGUUCUAUCAGAAAUACACUGAAGCGUACGGGAUACCAGUUGUGUCUUCCAGCAGAGUUCCGGACGAUGCCUUGAAGAGAGCUUGCUACGUAUUGAGGUUCCUGUUGGCAGAUCAUUCAGGAGUCAGGAACAAUUACUACCAAAGAUACGGGAGAGUGGGUAUCAUGGCAACCACUGAGUACACCACAAACAUUCCUGAACACAGCUGGUUGGACCCUGUAUUCUGGAAUGCCAGGGCUAGAGGACUAGGAGCUACAGAAGAUUGGCCUAUCUCAACAGGAGGAGAAGAAAACAUCCUCUGUUACUCGAGUGACUCGUACUCCAACGAGGAUAUCUUCCUGCACGAGUUCUCACACGGGGUGCAUCUCCUCGGAGCUAAGUACAGCGUAUCAGGUCUAGACAGCAGUCUUCAGUAUUGGUACGGAGCCCGCCGGUCUCAGGGUCUGUGGACCAACACGUACUCCAUGAGCACUUACAAGGAAUACUGGGCUGAAGGGGUUCAGAGCUGGUUUAAUGUUAACGACUACUCUAAUCCCCCGAAUGGUGUCCACGGCCCUGUCAACACUAAGAAAGCACUGAGAAGCUACGAUUACGAGCUCUACAAACUAAUCGCUAAGGUAUUCCCUUGCGGAAACACUUACAUUAAACGGUGCGAGACUUCCAGGUCUAAAGAGCAUGCUCAAAAACUGCUGAUGAACUGCAAUGAGGGAGAUGGGGAGAGGGAGGGUGAAACUGACCCACAUCCUGAAGAGUGUGGGAUCUGAACGACAACUGUAGGGCGUGGCAGGCAGCUGGAUACUGCUCCGGAACUCAUCAGGAGUACAUGUCCCAGAACUGCAGACACUCCUGCGGACCUGUCCUGAAGAUAAAACCAAUCCAACCUGUAAUGACGACAAC